AUGGCGGACAGCAUUAGAUCUGGCCUAUCUAAUAUCCACACUGCGCUCGACAACCUCGUUAAAAACCCGCGGCGACUCGACAGUGACCGGUCACGCUUCGACAGAGACGUAUCGUACAUAUCUCACCAGUCGCACAAUUCAACAGCAUCCAUGAGCCCCGAAAGCCCUACCAUGAGGCAGCAACGGGAGAGGCAAGAACGCCGUGAUCUUCAAAAAUGGGAACUGAUAAAGGCCCACGAUGCCUCAAGGCCCAACCAGCAAUUCGAUGCCCAGGAUGUCCCCGACGGGACAAACAUGAACAAUCUCGCCUAUGAGACAGUGAAGAACAACUGGAUUGAACAAGGAAUUUGGAAUGACGAAUGGGUGAACAUGCCUUCAGAGCAGUGGAUGCACGAACUGUCUCCUGAGAUUACUCCUGAGCCCGAGACGUACCCUGGUGGAAGAACCCAUAUCGGCUUGUUCGCUUCCCUUGAAAGUGCCUUGCCGACUGACACCGGCAAAAAUGUACAACAGGGCGGUGAGCGACAACCCAAACAGAAGACCGGGGACGAGCCAUCGCGCCCAUUUCAUCAAUUCAUCUAUCAAAUAUCAAAGGAGCGCGAACGAGUCCGAAAUCUCUAUGCUCGUCCAUCCUUAUUUGAUGACUCUGAGCCUGCUGCCUUCGCAAAUAUCAACUCCAACGCUUAUGAGCGCGUGAAAAGUAUCUGGGCCAAAAGAGGCAUUUGGAACGAGGAAUGGGGCAUAUUACCUGGGAUGGCUUGGAAGCAUGAAAGCCCUUUGCAGAUUCCUGAUAAUGACUGUGAUUCGAUGCCGAGUCCGAUGAAGCCCAAAGCGCAUGUUACCUUCAAUCUUUUCCAGGAUCUUUUCCCUGCUCAAGCAGAUGGUCCCGCUCCAAAAGGUGGCCAGGGAACCAGGAAGAGGAAAAGGGCCGCCGCUCCCCAGGAUCUUUUGCCUGCUCAAGCAGAUGGUCCCGCUCCAGUGGGUGGCCAGGGAACCAGUAAGAGGAAAAGGGCUGCCGCUCCUGUUGAAACGAAGAGAACAAAACGAAAGGUUUCCAAAACUGUCAAGCCGGAGGCAUCAAGCUCCAGACGUGCAGUGGAUAAUUCUACCAACCAGGUGGAUGUGCCUGAUCAAGGAACUCAAGAUACUGGGAGACGUAGAAGCAAGCGCAUACAGAAUCAGACUAAGAGCUCCAAUUGA